UCUCAUCGAUACGGUUGACCUUUAUGGGCCCCAACGGGCUGAGUCUUAGGCGAAAAUCACCCUUUAUUCCACAAACUUAACCAGCAGUUACUCUCACCGUUACAAUGAGGAUUCCACAUCUCUUCUUGCGUGAUUCUGUUUUUGCGGGGCUGUUGGUUCGUCGGGUCGUCGACUGUCCCCGAUGUUUCCAUGUCGAUGUCAAUUGCGCCUUACAGGGCGUCGCUUCAUCAUGACACUCUCGACUCGAAAAAAAUGUCGCCCCGGCACCGGAAUUGUGGACGAGGUAGCUUGAAAAUGUGACUCUUAUUAUCUCACAGUGACCAGCAGCGAUAGUUCCCUUCCAGACUCUCGAGAAUGGAAUAGGCCUAGACGCGAGUUGUCCAACAUCAGAUUUCGUUCCCUUUAUCUGAAGUUGUUCGUGGACUCUGGUCGACUUAUAACCUCCCCCCCCAUCCCUCCGCGGCCAUGUCCAUCACCGCCACGGCCGAUGCUCCGUCUCCGCGCUCGGAACCCCCUCCGGGACCCCCGAAAGAGAGCACAACGGCCGUCGUGGGCGAAAAUGUCGAGCUGGCCAACUUGCCCCCGGACGACGGCCGUCUCGCCUGGCUGCAAGUCGCCGGCUCGUUCUUCUUGUUCUUCAACUCAUGGGGUAUGACCACCUCCUACGGCGUCUUCCAGACCUACUACCAGGCGACCAUGCAGCACACCUCGGCCGACGCCAUCGCCUGGAUCGGCUCCAUCCAGUCCUGCCUCGUCCUCCUCGUCGGCGUGCUCGUCGGACCCCUCUACGACGCCGGCUACUUCCGCAGCCUGACCCUCACCGGCAUCGCCCUCGUCUUCCUCGGCCUGUGCAUGACCAGCCUCGCCUCGCGCUACUGGCAGACCCUGCUCGCCCAGGCCUUCUGCGUCGGCCUCGGCGCCGGCUGCCUCUACAUCCCCUCCGUCGCCAUCAUCCCGCAGUGGUUCGCCCGCCGCCGCGCCCUCGCCACCGGCGUCGUCGCCACGGGGAGCGGCCUCGGCGGCGUCGUCUACCCGCUCAUCAUCCAGGGCCUCCUCCCGCGCGUCGGCUUCCCCUGGGCCACGCGCGUCAUCGCCUUCAUCUCCCUCGCCACCAAUGCUUUUGCCUUUGCCGUGCUGCGGGAGCGGAAGCCGGGGGGUCUCGGCACCGAGAUGCAGCGCCGCCGUCGCGUCAUGCUGGACCUAUCCGCCUACCGCAACGUCUCCUUCGUCGUCUUCUCGGUGGCCAUGUUCUUCAACUUCUUGUCCUUCAUGGCGCCCAUCUACUACCUGCAGCAGUACUCUCUCACCCAUGGGCUGGCCGGCCAGGGCACCUCGGACACGUCGGGGCUGGCGUACUACCUCGUCGCCAUCCUGAACGCCGGCUCCAUCUUUGGACGCUUGUUCCCCGCCUGGCUCGCCGGCCGCUACGGGCCGAUUAACGUCCUCCUCGGUGUGUCCGUAUCCGUCGCCACCGUGGCUCUGUGUUGGCUCGGCGUGAGCACCGGCGCCGGGAGCGUGGCAUUCGCCCUCGCCUACGGCUUCGCAUCCGGCGGUCUCGUCUCGUUGCCCCCUACCGUCGUCUCGACUCUGGUGCCGGACCUCAGCUUGCACGGCACGUGGCUGGGCAUGCUCUCGACAACAAACGCGUUUGGGGCGCUCGCCGGGCCGCCCAUUGCCGGCGCUCUUCUGGAGGCCACCGGGAGCUAUUUGGGAGUGCAGCUACUAUCGGGUCUCGGUAUGGUGGCCAUGACGAUACUGGUAUUGGUGUUGAGGAUGAUCAGAGUAGGGAAAGGGUCAACCUGGAUCGUGUAGACUUUCGGCAUUAAAGACACUGUAUAUAUAGUAGUUAAUGAGUUUAUUUGUACAACGUAGUGAUGGACAUCAUUGCGCU